AUGGCCUACCCACAGCAGAGAGCUCCUCCAGUGAGGAAUUAUGGUCCUCCGCGGGGAGCCGCACCCUUGAGGGAUCCAGCAUAUGAUCCAGGUUACCAGGAUUAUGGGUACGACAGCCAGUAUCCGGGUCCCAGCGACGGGGGCUAUAAUAAUCCCGGAUACGGCUAUCCCGACCAGGCAACUCCAAGAUCGCAUGGUCCGCCACGCGGUGCGCCUCGGCCUCCGCGUGGAGGGUAUCCGCCUAACGCGCGGCCGCCCCCAAGAGACUAUGAUGGUCGACGGGACAGACGACCGCCUCCGCCACAAGAUCGGAUGAGACCUCCACGAAAUGGGCCUAUGUCCCCAGACAGUAUGGGCUUUGAUAACCCUUUCCCGUCUAUGCCUCCUGGAAAUAGACGUGGACCUAGAGGGAUUGAAGGUGACAUGGCGGCAAUGAGCCUGAACGGCCCAGCACCGCCGCGUCCACACACAUCUAAUUCUAACAGGCGUCCUGGAGAUAUGCGGCCACCAAGGCCCGUGUCUCCCGGCCGUGGCCGACCCCAUCCCUCUGGCUACCCCCCAAGGUCGGCCAGUGCAGGGCGUCCGCGUAAUGGGCCACCUAUCGAUCCUCGCGGCCCGCCACCAAUGCCCCAUAUCAACCGGAGUGCGACCAUGCCUACCCCAGGCGGCGGACUAUAUCCCGGCCAGUCAGGUUAUCAAGAUCCGAGGGAGAGUACAUAUGGAGGCUUGCUUGAUAGCUACUACACCUCGGCUCCCGACGACCCUGACAUGCCGAAUUUUGAUGCAAUGCCGGACUUUGACAAUGGCAAAGGAACGAUUGACGAAGCUCUACCAGGACUCGAACAGCCAAAGCCAAAACCUGAUUCUCCUGCUGAGUCCAAACCGCCGCAAGGGCAAUACAAAGCUUUCAAUCCGGCAAUGCAUACCCCGCCAGAAACCGGUACUCCUUCUGGAGCAAAUCAAUUUGCCGAUGCCGGAUUCCAGUUUGACCUGCCCGGUGAGCCCAAUUCUGCUGGUCCUUCUCACAACGGAAUGGGCCAUUACGAACCUUACGAGGAUCAUUUGCAGUCGCAAUACCCACCGCAGCAGGCAGGCUAUGUUGAACCAGAAGUUUUGGAUCCGCAGCAAAAUCCUGAUGCUCUUCCACACCACCCCAUGCCAUACCGCCCAGGUCACGAUUCUGGCGGACCACCGCCUCCUGUGCGCCAAUACAACGGUGCGAUGAACUCCCAACCACAAUCUGCUCCACCACAAGGGGCUCCGGAAGGCCCAGCGCCACCGGAGCCGGUGACGCAUGCUGAAUUGGAGCGCCUCCAGCAGCAAGCGCGAGGUAACCCUUCGGACCACAAACUUCAACUUACUCUCGCGCAGAAACUUGUUGAGGCCUCCAUAGUCCUGGUUGAGGCCAGCAGACUCGACCCGAAGUCAAAGGCGAAAGCCCGGGAGAAAUACAAUAUUGAUGCCCACAAAAUUGUCAAGAAGCUGGUUUCAGCCGGCUACCCAGACGCCCAAUUCUACAUGGCCGACUGCUAUGGUCAAGGCCUCUUGGGCCUUCAGAACGAUGCUAAGGAAGCGUUCUCGCUUUAUCACUCCGCAGCGAAACAAAACCACGCUCAAGCUGCUUACCGAGUCGCAGUCUGCUGCGAAAUCGGACACGAAGAAGGCGGUGGCACGAAACGUGACCCCUUCAAAGCCGUCCAAUGGUAUAAGCGCGCCGCCUCCUUAGGCGACCCUCCUGCGAUGUAUAAAAUGGGCAUGAUCCUCCUCAAGGGCCUCCUAGGACAAGCCCGCAACCCACGCGAGGGAAUCUCAUGGCUCAAGCGCGCCGCCGAGCGCGCCGACGAAGAGAAUCCACAUGCCCUUCAUGAACUCGCCCUUCUCUACGCUUCCGCCACAGAGAACGAUAUUGUCAUUCGUGACGAAGCCUACGCUUCUCAACUCCUGCAUCAGGCCUCCGAACUCGGCUACAAAUUCUCCCAGUUUCGUCUGGGGCAGGCCUAUGAGUAUGGUCAGCUGGGCUGUCCCGUUGACGCUAGGCAAAGCAUCAUGCUCUACAGCGCCGCCGCUGCGCAGGGCGAGCACCAAUCUGAACUCGCUCUGAGCGGUUGGUACCUUACUGGCGCUGAAGGGAUCUUGCAGCAAAGCGAUACGGAGGCAUACUUGUGGGCUCGUAAAGCUGCGGCUUCGGGUCUGGCCAAGGCGGAAUAUGCGAUGGGAUACUUUACUGAGACGGGAAUAGGGGUUACUGCGCACCUAGAGGAUGCAAAGAGGUGGUACUGGCGAGCUGCCGCCCAAGGAUUCCCUAAAGCCCGUGAACGUCUCGAGGAACUCAAGUCUGGGGGUGCACGGAUGCAAAAAACUCGGCUCUCUCGUUCAGCCGUGAACCAGCAGAAAUCUAAUGAUGGGGACUGUGUCCUUAUGUGAUGCGAUGCAAUGUGAUCUGAUCUGACGCCAAGCUUAUGUACUACAACCUCACCCUUCUGUCAACAUCUAUGUCCACCUUCACCACCCAAACUUACAUUCACGAUACCUCAAUUUUUUGCUAUAUUACUUAAUACCUCUAUCUUAUUUCACCUUGACUACCCUUUUGGACUAUGCUAGCGAUGCCCUUACAUUCAUGUUUACUUUCUGGUAAAUAGAGGUUUAUACAUCUUACGAGGCAUCAGACGAUCCGAACUAUGACAAUACAACCCCGUUAUGGGAGCU